AACUGUCAAGCAACACUGCUCGUUUCUCAAAUCUUUUCAUCUGCCAAUAAAUUUACAAUCUCCCAAAAAAAACCAAAACAAACAUCAGAGGUCAACCGCGGAUGUGAAAUUGGUUUUGCCAUAGAGCAUAUAGUAAAAAUAUCGUACGCACAUAAAGAACAAAGAAGUCUAAAUGGAAACUGCGUCGCAAUCAAAUUCUGCGGAAGAAAAAAUAUCACCAGGACAAGCAAAUCCUAAAGAUGCGAAUGAACCCGUUGUGGAUAUGACCUUUACAAGAGAAUUACGCCAAGCCACAAAAGAUGUACACAAGCUUAGUGAUGUUCUAGUGAAUGCUAAAUUUGCAUUGGCAUUAUCUGAUGAUGCGGUUUGGUAUGACGGCUUGUUAGCAUUUUUCGAAAUAUACAAAUUUCUUGAAGAAAAUCUACCUGAAAAUUUGCUUCCAAAAGAGCUUCACCGUAAAGACGCAUUUGAGCAGGAUUUGUCAUAUUUCCUUGGAAAAAAUUGGAAGGAUUCAUAUGAACCGCGUGAAAGUGUUAAGAAGUACCUCGGUCAUUUGCAGGAAGUGAAUUCAAAAAAUAAGCUGCUGUUAUUUGCCUAUGCUUACCAAAUGUAUAUGGCCUUAAUGUCAGGGGGUCAGUUGCUGCAAAAGAAAAGAAUGAUUAAGAGGAAACUAUGGAUUGGUAGGCAGGAUGAGGAAGACGAGGAGCCGAAACCAGCAAAUUCGAAUGCAAUAGAUGAUGACUUGGAGCAUCGUCCAAUGCCAAGGCAAGUUACGAUUUGUCCAGUAGGAUGUGCUGCAACAUUUUUUCCGGAAAAAAUUUCUGUAUUGAAGAAUAAAUUACGCCAAGUGCUCAACGAUAAUUAUGGAGCUUUUGAUGAUCGACUUCGCGCGGAAUUCAUUGAAGAAAGCCGUAACGUUUUUAUUUACAACGGUGAUGUUGUCCGCUCUAUAAAGGGCGUUAAUCGGGCAAAUCUUAGAAAAUUGGCUAUUGUAUUGGUGUUUGUAAUGGGUGUAUAUUUUGCAUUAAAGCUUGCUAAGCGUUAAUUAAAAAAAAAAAAAAUAACUACAAUAAAACAGUGGAGGUAGAAAAAUAUAUAUGUACGUAGUACGAUAUUGCAAAACAAGGGAGUUCCCAGAAGGUUAAAUAUACCAUUACAAAAAUUUGCUUGAAAUUAUUCGUCAAAAAUACUUGUAAGCCGCUUUGCAUUGUCAUCAAUAAAGAUAUGUUAAUCAAGAAUUAAUGCUUUGCAGAAUGCACAGAACGCCACAAUGGAAAAGGCCCCAUAAACAUAUGUACGUACAUAUACAUGUCGUCAUUUUAAGUACAAAACCGCGUACCACCAAAAUGCAAAAUUGCGUUCCAUUUAAUAUCAAAAAAUUUUUACGAAUUGCAUUGCAAGUUUUUCCUGGAAAUUCAUUCAAUAACCCAAAUUAUUUGCAAGAGCAAAUUCGAGAGCGUAACAACCCGAGAGAGCUGCAAAUUCUUGCAAGUAAAAAUUUUACCAGCUGGAAUUUGCAGGAGUCUUUUGGUUAUGUUCAGAGGUGGGCACGACCACAAACAAGCGUGAGCUUAAAGUGGUAAUGUGUUAGUGUGUUCAAGUCAUUUUCAUGCUGUCGCGUUCUUAUCGUUACGCACGAUACGCGGUUUUGUGCUUUAAACGACUAUAUGUAGAAGUUGGGUGUAUUCGAGCUUCGUAAUAAUUACCGCAAUAUUGAGACCUUGUUGUCUUUUAGAAUCCGAAUAGCUACAAACGUAGCAUAUACCUUGAAUGCAUACGUUCACGAAAAUCGGAAUACGAUGGAUUCAGCGAUAGACCAGAAUAUGUUGCUGAUGCUCAACUGAAAUGCUGCAGAAUUUGCGCAGUUAAAAAGUUUUUGUUGCUUUCGAUUUGUCAACGAUGAGCAACUGAUUGCCAAAAUUCAUAGCCAUUACUGUAAAAGAUUCUGUAAAUUCUGUAAGCCGAAAUAAAGGUAAAGCGAGAGAAA